AUGAAAGCUAGUGAGGACAAGUCGUACGAGAUGGAGGAACGUGGAUGCAUUAAUAUCGAUGAGGCGGCGGCGAGUUCCGUUUCUUGUUUGGCGCUCAUUGACUGUGGUUUUGGUCUACACUUGGAUAUAGACAAUCUGAGUGACGGCGAGGCAACCGUAAAGCCCUUGGACGGUAGCCAGGCGCCGAUCGGCAUUGAAACCGGUGGUCCAAAGUGGCCGUAA